GUGGCGAUCCUGCUGUAACCUUCUUUUACUUUCUUCAUAAAAAGUGGUUGUGUCUCCCUAAACUGAAAGAUUUCUCCCAAUUAUACCUUUCCGUUCCCUGAUUACUAGCACAUUACCUUACACCAAUCUCUUCGUUAUUGUUCUCUCUUUUUUUUAUUGCGCUCCCUAGCAUUUUUUUUUCUUUCUUUGUAUUCCUCUCGAAUUUUCAUUGUUUUGUGUGGCGCAUAUAUAUUGGCGCUCUCUUGUACCAAUAUUCAUGUGUCCAAAUAAAUAAAUAAAAUACUGUUCUAUAUAAGAAAAGUGAUGAUAAUUUUACAUGAGUUCGCAACAAUGCAAGUAUUUAUCAUCCACGUAUAUCAUAAAUUGAUUUAACGUUCUUAAGUAAAAAUUAGUUUUUUCAUAGCCUCUGUUUCUCCUCUUACUUGUCGAUUGCAUCGAGAAACUCUUAGUUUAGUUAAUAAAUAUCACAGCUUUUGAAACCCAAUCGGGUUUUAUGUCUAGUUUCCAAGUUUUGUUACUGAUUUUCAUGUAUAUUGUUUUUGAUAUACAUAUUUAAAAACAUCUAGAUCCAGGUGAUUCUACUAUAUUAGGAGUCUCGAUUGUUCUCUACAAUAUUUAUUGUUGAGUAAUUGGCAACCUCAUGCACCGAUUUUUAAAAUUUCUAAGUGGGUCGCCGAGCACCACUCUGUCAAAAGUGUCAACUCGGAAAGGUGCACGUCAUCAUCUGUUCAUAAUAUGCAGGAACGAAGCCUAAUUUCAAUACAUGUAGCCGCUUAUCUGAACUUUCGUAAAUGAAACUUAUAGUUUUCGAAAAUGUUUCUUCAUUAAAGAUAUCAAUAAUUCUUUUUUCCAAAAAUAUAGCUAUUCGUUAUAAUCUUGAAACAGAAUGGAAAAAUUCGUUUCCUCAUUUACGUGAAAUGGAUCGUGAAGAAUUAUUUGAAAAAGCUCGUAACAAUAUAUUAGAUGACCUAAUAUCAUUAAAUGGUAUCAGCUCCACUGUAUGGGAGAAAAAUAUUCAUUACGAAUUAUGGAACAAACUAAAAGAUUAUAUAUUCACUAAAAUAAUUGAACCCUCACAGCACAUUGACGAUAUAGGAACCUUUCAGACAAACGUUGAUAUUUGGCUUCGUGAUUGGGUUGAAAAUAAUUUACCGAAAGCUUCUAUUGAAAUUGGUUUGCAGACAUUAUACAAUCAACUGGAUAGUAAAUUAAAAACGAUGAAAGAUGUACCUGGUUAUGAUCCAGUAUUUGAUCCAUUAAAAGUGACUGUACAUCAAGAAAUUCGUAAGCGUCAUCACUGGGAUCCUAAAGCUGAAUCCAGAUUGCGUGUCAUACAAUCGAAUGCUUUAGACGAUCAUACUGUACAUACAAAGUCUCAGUGGACCGCUGCUGUAGAUCUAUUAGAACAAGCAGUUAAAGCUCGAUUAAAAGAUGUAAAUCAGUCGAUUACUUCAAGUUUUGGUCCUGGAUGGGUUGAGCAAUGGACUCGUUGGAAAAAACGCACAGCAGAAGAAGAUGCUCGUUUACAAACCGCUCAGGAGAUUGAAAAUUUAUUAAUAUCACUUCCAAAACCAUCCGCUCAUAUUAAUCAAGAUGAUUUAACUACUAUUAGACGUAAUCUUCAAGCUCGUAAUGUUCCUGUGACUGAUAAAAUUGUGAGUUUAUUUUAUCUUAAAGGAAACAUAUCUAUGUAAUCCUGUUAAGUAAUAAUUGCUACUAUUCAUCUACACUUGUGUUUGAUACAAUAAUAAUUGUCUCUACUGUAUUGUUUCCUAGUUCUUAUGCUUGUAAAAGUAAUUGGGCUAUUUUUUAGCUUCUACAUUAGGCUUAGGAUUUAGUUUCUUUCAGUUUUGGCCUGCAUGGAUCUUUUAUUUUCAUGAAUCUUUGGAAUCCCAGAGUUUUAUACACUAAUUAAUCAAUGUACGUAGAACUGCUCAUCGCUGUAAACACAAUAUAAAUAUGUACUUUUAUGAAGAUAGUAAUUAAUAAUUGCCUAAUAAGAACAGAGAAAGUUAAGGCACAAGCUGAAUACACACUGAAGCAAACAAACAGGUCAAGGAAAGUGUUAUAGCCCAAAGCCGCCAAUCAGAAGCAACGAAUUAUCGAUCGGACCAAGGACGCGUAAAGCACGUGCGAGCAGCCUAGAGUCCUGAUUGGUCCUGCUUUCCGCCUAGCCCAGCCAUUGCAAUAUGAAUCAUUAUAUUCCAUACAUGCUGAGUUUAUAUACCACUCAAAGAGACCACAACGUACUAAUAAAAUAUGAAACAACAUUUAUACAAGAAUUAGCCGGAUGUGGCUGUGAAUGAGGGAGGUAGUAAUUAAUAUACUGGGUAUAACUCAAGAAUGGCAAAACGUAUAAUAAUAGUUUAUGGAUCAAAGUAAAGCUUAUAAUAAGAGGAAUAUGAGUAUGUAUAGUUUAGUUGCUUAAUAAUUAUACAGUAGAAAUAUGCGUUUAGUAUUGGUCCAUCAAUAGAUCCCAAAAGUUACCAUCCAUUAUUCUUGUCGGGACAUAACAGAGAGCGUUAGAGCUGACAAGCAGAACUACGUGGAAGACAUAGCAACGACAGCGGAAAAAGCUGCAAGAGAAGGGAAUAUCAAAUAAUUAUAUAACACAAGGAAGAAACUGGAAGGCCAAUAUAAUAAACCAGAGGGACCUGUCAAGAAAAAAGAAGGCGAUUUAGUCACUGAGAUUAGAGAACAGAGGAACAGGUGCGUAGAACACUUCGAAGAACUCUUGAGUAUACCAGCCCCAUCGAAUCCACCAAACAUCGAUGCGGCACACACAGACCUUACUAUAGAUGUCACUCAACUAACGAUCGAAGGGAUCAGGAUGGCCAUCAAAUAAAUCGAGAGUUGGAUAGCAGCCGGACGUGACAACAUACCAGCUGAAGCACUGAAGUCAAACAUGGAAUUGACUGGAAACAUACUUCACACUCUAUUCAGGAAGAUGUGGGAGGAGGAACAAGUGCUAAAAGACUGGAAUGAAUGAUAUCUCAUCAUGAUACCAAAGAAAGGAGAUCUGAGCAAAUGUGAGAACUAAAGAGAUAUAACAUUACUAAUGGCACAUGAAAACGUUGUCAACAGUGUGUUGCUGAACCGGAUGAAGGAUUCAACGGACGUCAAGUUUUGAGAUCAACGUUCCGGAUUCCGUAAGGAUCAGUCGUGUACAGACCAAAUCGCGACACCACGGAUCACUGAUGAACAAUCAUUUGAAUGGAAUUCGUCACUAUACAUCAACUUUCUUGACUAUUAAAAGAAGUUUUGCAGUGUGGAUAGGAGAACAUUAUGGAACACAGAGAACAUCAACCCAAUUAAACUUGAUGGAGAAACUCUGUAAGAGGUGGAAACAUCCAUAUACCUGGUCAACAUCAUCGAUGAACGUAGAGGCAGGUAUUGGCAAAGUAAAGACAGCAUCCCUACAGUUGAAGAACUUAUGGAACUCAAAACGACUGUAUGCUAACCAAUAUCGAAGUCAGAAUCUUCAAUAAGAUCAUCGAGACAGUUCUGUUGUAUGGAGCUGAAACUUGGAGAACUAACACAACCAUAAUCGAAACAGUAUAAGUAUUUCUAAACAAUUGUCUACACAAGAUACUCAAUGUCCGUAGACCGAAUACCAUCAGCAACAGCCUACUGUGGGAGAGAAGAAACCAGUUUCCAGUUGAAUAGGAAAUUAGGAAAAGUCGUUGAGAGUGAACACGACAUACAUAGCACAAAUCAUCAAACUGCAUCAUGAGGCAAGCCCUAACUUGGAAUCCUGAUGGGAAAAGAUAAAUAGGAAGAACAAAGAACACAUUGCACCGGGAAUUGGAAGAAGACAUAAAAACGAUGAAUAGCAACUGAAGACAGCCGGGGAUGAUCGCUCAGGAAAGUGUUCGAUGGGGAAUGCUUUUGGGCGGCCUAUGCUCGUCCACAUGGGGUAGCAAGCGUAAGUUUAUGAAUAUUAUAUUUCGAACGUGUAUUGAAUAGUUUCAAAUUUUGAACUGAACAGCCUAAUUCUUAACAAUAUUUUUUUCAGAUUAGUCACUAUAUUGUUUUUUAUGGAUUCAUGAAUAAAACUGUUCCAUUAAGAUACUGACUCCUUAGCUAAAUCUAGACUCCCAAAAUUCUCAGCAUUUGAGUCGUCGACGAAACUGAAUGAUAGAAUUAUAAAAAUGCCCUAAUUUCAUUGUUGGUUCGUGUAUGGGAAACAAAGUGUAUUAAUAGUUACCCGUGACCCUGAUACUCCAGAAACUACAAAAUAAAGUAAGGCUAGUAUUAAUUUUAUCAUGUUAAUCAAUCGGAUUUUGAAAAAUGAAAAUCUGUAUUUUUAGAUUUUAAGGAAUUUACAAAGAUACUAGUUAGCCAGUAGUUUACUUUUUUUUCUACAUGUAAUGCAUAAUUUUUCUAAAAGAUUUCAAUUUUGUUUACUUUCAAAUGUUACGUUGCUGUCAGAUUUAUGAAACUUGGGAACCUUUAGUUCGACGUUUUUAUCUUGAACGAUCUUUGUUUGUUUGUCAAGAGUGUCGAAAAGGCUUUUACUAUUAUCAGCAUGGUUUUCUGAAUACAUCUUCAUUUAAUAAAUCCUCCAAUACUAAUGAACAUACAUCUAAUGCAGCUGAAAAUUCUCGUUUACGUAAAGAUUCAUUGUCAUCUGAUUUCCCUGAUUGUCGUGAAGUGAUCUUUUUCUCUCGCCUGAAUCGUAUGAUGAAUGCAACUAGUAAUGCGCUUAGACAACAAAUUAUGAAUGAUGAAGCACGUCGUUUGGAACAUUAUGUAAAGCAAGUUUUAAACGAAUUGUCUAAUGAUCCUAUUCGUGUAAAAAAGCUUAUCACUGGCAGGCGUGUACAAUUAGCUGAAGAUUUAAGUCGAACAAGACAUAUUCAAGAGAAAUUAGAAGAGUUCAUUGCAGCUUUAAAAGCAAGCGAAUAACUGUGAUAAUGAUCUUCGUUUCUCUAGAAUUACUUAGUGUCAUGUUAAAAACACUAUGCACACAUGCACAUACAUUUGGUUUCAUUAUGUAAUUACUUUUGUGUUU